AAUAGUUUUUAUAUAUAUAUUCUGUGUAGUGUACCAAAUAAACCUUUUAUCAACAAAGUGACUUUUUAUCAUCUACAACACUACCUCAUAUGUGGCGCUCCAACGUUAGUUUUUUCAUACAGUGUUAGUGUUCAGUUUUUUUUCCCGGUGACUCAAAAUGCCGAUAACAAGGAGUCGUGCGGCAAGUCUAACUCGCAAGGAAGAUACACCAGAGGUAUUUCAAGACCCUUCGCGACCAACGUCGCCGUCUGCCAAUUUUCAAUAUGGCAGCGACGCCGCCGCUUCAUCGCCAACGCUACGUACCGACGCCACGUUUUCGGGAGAAAACGUCGCAACCAUAAUCGCGUCACUUCAGCGAUCUCAAACCGAAGCAUUCAGAGACUUGCUGGAGUCCGUAACGAGGGCAAACUCCACUCCAAUAUCGGUUCCGCUAGGUCAAGGAAACCUAGCGCGCUGCACAUCUACAUUCGCGGGCAAACCUCAAGAAAGCGUUGAGGCAUUCAUAGACGCUGUCGAAGCCUACAGCGAUUGUGCCCAAGUCGCGGAUGCUAACAUCAUAAAAGGGCUAUCGUUCCUUUUCAAAGACGAAGCUGCCACGUGGUGGCAAGGAAUCAAACACUCGGUGUUGCGGGUCGAGGAAGCCAAAAAUAAUCUCAUCAGUGCAUUUGGUGAUCGACGGCCACCUCAUCGUAUUUAUCUGGAAAUAUUUGCUAAACCGCAGAAGGAAGAAAAUACGGACAUAUUCAUAUCACGUAUUCGUGCCCUUCUCGCCCGGCUGCCGAAAGGCGACCUGUCUGUGUCCGCGCAACUAGACAUAACAUACGGGUUGCUCCACAGCCGUAUUAGGAAAAGAAUACGAAGAGAAGAAUUUAAUAAUUUUGCCGAUUUGCUCCGCCUGGCGCGAACCAUCGAGGAUUCAUUCGACGAGGCCCGGAGGCCUAGUUCAGGUCCCGCCAUCCCUCCUCCCCCGUCUUCUGAUACCGCACCCGCACGCGUUCCGACCGUAGCCGCGCGCGCACCCGCGCGCCCCUCGGCGCGGCCUCCACCUCCUUCAGCUCCGGUGCGACAACCACCUGCGUCAGCUGCCCCGACGGCGACGCAAACGCAGGAGUCCGCCGCCGUCACUAAGAAAUCCCGGCCAACGUGUGUUUACUGCAAACGUUUCGGACAUACCAGGGACCAGUGUCGUAAGUUGAAGAAUCAAAGUGAGUCGCAAUCUUUUAAUAACUUUGCGGAAGUGCAUAACGAUAAUAAUAGUGCUAGUGAAAUAUCAAGUGCGCAAAACCAAGCAUUUUAUUCUUUAAAUUCACGGGACAUACAAAGUGUUUCGUCGCGUUUUUCAUCCAAAAACUGUAGUCAUAAAUCAUGUAAUAGUAGGCAUAAUCAAAUAUCUAGUUAUAAGUAA